UUUGUGACCUACGGUCUGCAUGCCCAGCUCAAUGUGUGAAAACAAUUGAAACCGUAAGUUUCGCACACUUCCGGGUCGGGUAAAGUGUUUAAAAAUUAAUUUUAAAAAGCAACCUCCUCGGAUCCGACCCGCAUAACAUAAUCCAACAUCACAUUAAGUCAGAAGCAUACUAUUGUUGACGUCACAAACUAUCACAUUAAGUCAGAAGUAUACUAUUGUUGACGUCACAAACUCCCAAGCAUAAUCAUCUUCCCUCUCUUAAACCUUUAAUCUCCAUAACCAUCUCAUACUCCAGCUCUUUCGAAUCUUUACCAAAUCAAGCCGUUCAAGAGUCUUUCUCGAGUGAUUUUUAACAAGGAACAAGAUUCUAACCUUCAUUCGGUCCGAUUCUCACCCGAUUGCAAGAAAUCAGCACAUUGUGUGAAGAACCCUAAUUUCCAAAUUUGGGGUUUUCCAUAUUGCAGUGAAGUUUAUUGACUCUGAAGCUUAUUCUAGCAUAUCUAAACAUAAAAGGAUGACGCGGCUGAGACGCCCAGGGAAAGAGAAAGCUGUUGAUCCGCCAUCUAAACCGGCUGCGGCAAAGAAGCGGAAAACAACCGGAAUAUCAAUCCGUGAACCGGUGGAAGAAGAACGAGAGGUUCAGGAGGAACCGUAUGUUAUGAAGAACGGUGACAUCCCGUACAGGGGUAUGUGGGUAAAUGGGCCGUUAAGUAAGUUGCCACUGGAAGUUCAGCCGGAGUUAUUCUAUGAGAAGAUGGGUGAUGCUCAUUCGAUUAAGGAGAAUAUGAUGUGCGAAAAAAAAAUAAUGGGGUCGGAUUUCAAGGCUCUUGGGUUCUUUGAAAAAUUCACCGCGUUAGGAUGGGAAGCAGUGCUUAGUUUUAAGGGUCAUUCGAACGGAGAUGUAUACGUGAAAAGUAUUAUGGAAUGGAUGAGCACGCUUACAAAAGACGAUGGGAACGACCCUCCGAAAACUAUCACGUUAUCGGGAAAAGUCAACAACAAAACAGUCACUUUGUCGCCCGCUACUAUGAGGUCUUUAGCAAAGUUUGAUUCAAAGGCCGCUAGUUUUUAUCAAAUUGUGAAGCCGACUGAUUACUUUUCACAUCUGGAGAAAUUGGUGGCAAAUAAUGUGAUGAACACAGAGUUGUUCGUAUUGAAUAAGGAAGUGGAGAUGAAGCGAGACAAUUUGAAACCGAAUGUCCGCCUGCUGUUGAGUUACCUUCUUACGAAUGUGACACCCAGGACGGGUGAUAGGGUGGCAGUUAGAAAGUGGGAGCUACUAGUUCUGUACGCAUUGAUGACCGGUCAAUUACACCUCUCUUUCAGGCAGCUUGUAAUAAUGCAUGUGUGGCAGGCACGAAAUCAGAAAAACAAAAAGUUAAUCCCACACGCGCGACUGUUAAGUGCAUUAUUGGAGAAGCACAGGGCACUCCGGCCUGAGGAGUACGCGUUUAGAAAGCCACACACUAUAUUCGCGCUGGCGGAUGUUUGUAAGAGCGAGAAAAUUUCGUACAAAAAGACGAAAUUGUGGCAUAAAAUCAAGUUUGGUGACGGUGUUAAACUGAAGGUGCUUCAAUGGGGGAAGGAAGCACCUAGUGGAGGUGAAAUGGAUGACCAAGACUCGAGUGAUGAGGAAGUGACGAGGCGAAAAAGAGAAGCAGGGGAGAUUGUGGGUACAGGUUCGAGUGCACAAGUUGAAGAGCCGAGACAAACGGCUCACUCAUGGGGUGUCUUUGACGAUGAGAUGCAGGCUCGGGUGGAAAGUAUGCGUCCACCUGAAUAUGUUACUUGGGAACUUUUUCAGCAGUCACUUUACGAUCAGGGUUCGAGGCUGGGUGUCGAACGGGAGCGACAACACAAUGAGUUAAUGGCCCAUCAACGAGCUGUGCAUAUCGGUAACGAAAUGAAUCUAAAUUUAUGGGCCUAUGAUGAAAAUCAAACAAGGCGACACAAUGAUUAUUGUAUGGGGGUGUCGUUUGUGCAAAAUCCACCUUACGUGGAUUACAGUCAGCUACCACCAUUCCAGCCUGGUAUGGUGCGACCUCCUACGCCGCAGGUGCAUGGUUCUAUGUGGCUACCACGAGUGUAUUCAAAGCCGCAUUUUCAGAGUUCGUAUCCGUUCCGCCCACCACCGUAUCAGUAUCCAUCUCAGCAGCAGAGUCAGCAAGAGAAGCAGUCGUCGUCAGCUCAGCAACAACAAGAUCCGCCCGCAACAAGAGGUUUGGCGGAUGUAUUUGAUAUGAGCUCCUUCUACGACACUCUGGGCAACUAUUAUGGUGGACCGAAGCCAUCAUAUGAUUGAGCAUUCGCUGAUCUGCACCAUCGAUCAGGUCCACGUGCUUGUUCUGUACUUAUUUGAACAAUUUUAUUUUUC